GCGCCAGCCCCCGAGUGGGUGUGCGGAGGGCGGGUCCGGGCGACCGGCUCCACGGGCCACGUGGGCGGCGGGAGGAAGUGCGGGUCCCGUCCGACCGGAGUUGCAUCAGCUGCGGAGCCGAGCGCGGAGCGGAGCGAGCAUGAAGCUGUUCCUCAGCGAAGGCAGCCCCGGGGCGCUGAAGGUGCUGGCGGCUGCCGAGGCCACCGGCGCCCCUGCGGAGCUGAAGUGGGUCCCCCAGGAGGGUGAGUGCCGGGGGCGCGCCCCGCUUUCCCGGGAAACACCCCAGUUUCGCCGACGUCUUCAGGGGGCUCACGGGAGAUGCUUAUAAUGAGGAGGAUGAUUAUACUGUUCCGACGUAAAAUAGAAAUGAACUGAAAAUGAGAAACAAAAUCCUAUCGCAGCAGCAGCAUUGAUUUUCCACCUGAGGACCCCCCAUCCCUAACUAACGCUUUGAAUUCUGAUUUUUAAGGACUUCUCCACCCUCUGCGGUUCUGUAAUUUAGCAUCACUUAACCUAGAUUGGUUAUGAAUCAGAGAAUUGUAGAAUUGGAAGAGACCCUAUGCUGUUGUUGCUCUGUUAUCUUCAGUCAUGUUAUUUAUUGUUUGUAAGCCACUUUGGGACUCAUUUGGAUGAAAAGUGACAUAGAAAUAUAAUAAAUCAAUAAGCACGUCAUCUAGUUCAACUCCUUGCAAUGCAGGAAUCUCAGCUCAUCCAUGACAGGUGGCCAUCCAAACGCUUCUCAAAUACAGUGGUGCCUCGCAAGACGAAAUUAAUCCGUUCCGCGAGAGUCUUCGUCUAGCGGUUUUUUCGUCUUGCGAAGCAACCCUAUUAGUGGCUUAACGGAUUAGCGCUAUUAGCGGUUUAGCGGCUAUUAAAGGCUUAAAGGCUUAGCGGAUUAGCUGCUAAAAGGCUAUUAAAGGCUAUUAAAGGCUUAGCAGAUUAGAUAAAGGGGGGGGGAAGCGAAAAAAAAAUCUCAAGACUUGCAAGACAUUUUCGUCUUGCGAAGCAAGCCCAUAGGGAAAUUCGUCCUGCGAAGCAACUCAAAAACGGAAAACCCUUUCGUCUAGCGGGUUUUCCGUCUUGUGAGGCAUUCGUCUUGCGGGGCACCACUGUACCUCCAAGGAAGAAGAAUCCAUCACCUCUCGAGGAAAACAGUUCCACUGUCAAACAGCUCUUACUGUCAGAUAGUUCUUCUCCAUGUUUGGUCAGAAUCUCCUUUCUUAUAACUAGGGCUGGGCAAUGACAGGUUUUCAACAUCACGAUCUAUCACCAGCCAAGCACCCUGGUCUGGCAAUAUACCGCAAUGUUGAAAGAGCAAGCUGCAUUGACCCCAGCCCUGUGAGGCGCUGGGUGUAACUGUCACUGCUCUCAUUGACUCUGCUCAGCUGGUUGGUGCAAAGGCUCCCACCCCCCAGCUGAACAAGCUCCACGUCCCUCUUCUUCAUGCACGAGCCAAAGGGAUGUGGGGCUUAUGGAUCUCCCACCCCAUCUCCAGCUUGUGCAAGCUGGAGGAGAGGUCAGGGCUCCUUUGAACAUCUUCACCAAGAGGGACUCACCCGCACCCCUCAAUUGAGAAGUCUAAGGGAGCCCCAGCCCCAUCUCUGGUUUGCACAAGCUGGAGGCGAGGUGGCGACUCGGUUAGACUUCUUCAGCUGGAGGGUGCGAAGUCUCCCGUCCCAAUCCAAGCAGCCCUGAUCCUUCCAGGAGAAGGAUCGAGUUCCCUCAGCUGGGGAGCGAGAGUGCUUUAACAGAGCCCCCACCCUGCCACUGGCUCAUGUGAGCCAGUGGCAGGUUGGAGGCUCUGUAAAACUGCUUGGCUGAGGCAAGGGCAGUGGCGCACUGCUCAGCCAAGGGGUUCAAAGGAGCGGCAGGAGGAACAAGCUGUAUUGCGCCCGGCCAGUGCAGCUUGUUUCUCCCUCUGCGCCACUGUGAGGGCAGAGUGAGGUGGCAGUUUCACACAGCGGCUUAUCACUGGUGAAGCUGCUGCCUCUCCUGAGUCCCUCUGCCUCCAGCGCCUGCUGCAAUCUGUUCUCCCUUGGUGCGCUGGGUGCUGGUAGAAGAAAGACUGAGGAGUGAUGGCCGUUUCACCCACGAUAUAUCGCUGAGUGAAGCUGCCAUUGCAGUCUGCCCCUCAUACCAGUCCUGGGCGAUAUAUUGUCCAGGCCUACUUGUAACUUUGGUUCAGGUCCUAGCCUCCGGAGCAGAAGAAAACAAGCUUGCACCAUCCUCCAUUUGACAGCCAUUUAACUUCUGCUUUGUCAUGUAUGGGGAGUGGGGCUGAGGAGAUGGAAGAAUCCUAACCUCCAUUAGUGGUCACAGGUGUGGAAUCGGUACCCCACAGGAGUCUGCCUGCAACAGCCUACUUCACCCUCCGGUCCCCAGAGGUUGGACUGGAACUUCCAUUAGUCCCAGCCAGCUUAGUUGGUGGUUCAGGAUAAUGGCAGUUCUAAUCAAGCAACUUUUGGGAAACCAUAGUUGAAGAACUCUAGUCUAUACAGCAAGUCCACAACUUACAUACAUUUAACUUGUGUGCAUUUGUAGAUAGAUAGAUAGAUGAGAGAUAGGUAGAUAGAUAAGGGGCCAGCAUCUGGGAUAAGGACUUUGGCAGUCCCACCUGCCAUUGAACCCAAUGUUAGGAUUGCCAUACGCCUGGUUUUCCCCAGAGUCCUCUUUUUUUCUGGGUAAAAUUGCUGUCCAGGGAGAUUUUUUAAAAAUUUGGCAAAAUGUCAAUUUUGUUUGUUUGUUUGGUAUCGUUAGUUAAACUUUGGGCCUAGAGACAAAAAUGAGGGCUAACUGCUGGAUUGCGUGGCACUCCUGUUAAUGAAUCUUUCCCAUCUGUAUCUGGGGAUAGUGGGGGUUGAACCUGAAACUGUUCAUGUGCAAAUUUGUUCUUUACCACUGAGUCCAUUUGACGCAACUAAAUCUGGUAUUAAAAAAUGUGGGUCUGCAUAUGACAGCUCCUGUAUAAUAAAACAUACAUACCAUUUUGCUAUAAACUCUCUUCUGCCCCCUGUCAACUUUUCCUAGUUGCUCAAGCAAAGAAGACCUGCUAGAAAAUAGUUAAUUCUCUUGUGUGUGUGUAAACUGUACUUCUGUUUUGUGUGUAUUCCUUGACAGCUCACGUCGUCCCAUUCCUCACCCGCUCACAGUUGCCAGCUCUGCACUUGGAAAAAGAGUCUUUCCUCUUCUCCACAAAUACAAUUUGCCAGUAAGUAUGAGGCCCUGAAUGCCCUGUGUGCUUUCCAAGUCAAGUUACUGGUCACAUCACUUGUGUGUUGUGUCCAAUGUCUGUGGUACUGGUGAUGCUAGAUAACCCCAGCAGUGUUGAUAGUACGAGCAGAGAAGUUGCCUGGAGGGGACCGAGGCGCGCCUAGCAGAAGACUGCACUGGCCUGUGUAGCAUCUCCUGAAACCAUACAGGCCAGUGCAGCCUUCUGCUGGGCCGUGCCAGUCUCCAUAGUGUUUACCCUGCACCACUGCUACUGAGGGAGAAGGGGUUCUGGGUGGGGAAGACUAUUUGUCCCAUCGAAACCAAUGGAGUGGGCCAGCAGCGCCGGCUUGCCCCCGCGACUGUGGGUGCCCAGGGGUGUGCAUUCCAAUGUCAGCAUGCCCGGUGGUGCCCGUGUCCAACAUUAGCACGCCCCAGGCAUGCUGAUAUCAGACACACAUGUGCGCCACCAAAAUUUGUGGGUUCCUCUCAUGGGGAAUUUUGUGAGUGCUAGAGUCUACUCUUUGGAAUCUUUUCUCGUUGAAUGUUAGGCAGGCUUCAUCUCUGUUGCUGUUUAUAUUUCAAUCUCUUUCUUCAAGGAUCCCACAUGAGGGUUUCCCCAUUUUAUUCUAAGAAUAAUCCUGCUUGGAAAGGGAAGGCAGAGAUAGUGACUGCUAUCCCACCCCCCAACCCCCUUGUGAGUUUGAUGGUUGAAUAGGGAUUUGGGCACAGGUCUCUAGCACUCUAAACACUGCACCACACUGGUUCUCUAGCGGUCUUGGGUCAUGCCAGCACACACCAUAGAAACAAGAUAUGCAUCUCAUACUGGAGUGCGUGAAGCAGAAGAGCACAGAAAAGCAAGCUUUGUGAAGCAGCCUCCAGCACCAGUUAGGGAAUGUGACAAGGCAGUCAUGUUGGGUUUAGGAACAGAAGGGGUUAAUGAGGGCUCCUUGUGAUAGAACGAAAGCACUACUAUAGUUUUGUUUUCCUGAUUGUCUUUUAAACUCAUCUAUAGGUGUGCACAUAUCCCCAGUGCAGAGUGCUUAGUUUCUUCUGCUCUCUUUCUUCUAGGUACUUCUUCCAUUUAUCUGGAAAAGAAAUUCAUGAUUUUGGCCAGGAUGAGAGCAAUUUUUCCAACCAGUUGCUUGAGUGGGAUGCAACUGAGCUGGAGGUGUGUGAAGCAUUGCUGUGUUUCUUUAUGGUGGGAACAUUUGCAUGUUCCUGCAGUUCAUGGAGGGGAGAUGGUAUUGUUCCGGGGGGGGGGGGGUGAAAGAAGGUUAUGGUAGCUGCCUUAUUUUCUUUAAUUACAUACCCAGAUGCCUAUGGAUGAGACUCUGACUCAGUUUAUUGUCCUUCCAAAAUGCCCAGUUCUUUUAUUUUUUAAUAAUAAUAUUUAUUCCAAGUUUAAAGUUACAAAAAGAGAAAAGAACAGUACAAAAUACAAAAAAGAAUAUAACAAUAACAGAGCGAGAAGAAAAAAAAAUUAUAUAUAUAUAUAUAUAGAAAAGAAAAAAGAAAGAAGGUAUAAAAAUACAUUCAAUUGAAAUAGAACAAAAACAGAUUAAACCUUUACAUAACUUUUUUCCUUUACUUAUUUCCUUGACCUCCUCUCACCUCCCAAUUUUGUAUUCUAGUUCAGAUCGUUUUUUCAGCAAAUCCUUCCAACCUUAUUUUCAUUUACGUAGUUUAAUUUAAAAUAUUAUAAUUUGACAUCCUCUCUUUCAUCAAUUUCAUCAGCUCAUUUUUGCUUAAUCCUUUAUAUCAUAUCUACCAAAAAUACCUGAUUUUUUUCCAACAUCUUUCUAACAGUCUUUAAUAUUACAAUAUUUUUGAAGAUAUACUUUAAAUUUUUUCCAAUCUUCUUCCACCGACUCUUCUCCUUGGUCCCGGAUUCUGCCAGUCAUCUCAGCCAGUUCCAUAUAGUCCAUCACUUUCGUCUGCCAUUCUUCUCGGGUGGGUAAUUCUUGUGUCUUCCAAUACUUCGCGAUGAGUAUUCUUGCUGCUGUUGUAGCAUACAUAAAAAAGGUUCUAUCCUCCCUUCGCACCAAUUGGCCAACCAUGCCCAGAAGAAAGGCCUCUGGUUUCUUCUGGAAGGUAUAUUUAAAUACCUUUUUCAUUUCAUUAUAAAUCAUCUCCCAGAAGGCCUUAAUCCUUGGGCAUGUCCACCAAAGGUGAAAGAAUGUGCCCUCAAUCUCUUUACAUUUCCAACAUUUGUUAUCGGGCAAAUGAUAAAUUUUUGCCAGCUUGACUGGGGUUAAGUACCACCUGUAAAUCCUUUUCAUUAUAUUUUCUCUUAAGGCAUUACAAGCCGUAAACUUAAUACCUGUGGUCCAUAACUUUUCCCAGUCAGCCAUCAUAAUGUUAUAUCCAAAAUCUUGUGCCCAUUUAAUCAUAACAGAUUUAACCGUUUCAUCUUGUGUAUUCCAUUUCAACAGCAAGUUAUACAUUCUUGAUAAAUUCUUGAUUUUAGGGUCUAACAAUUCUGUUUCCAAUUUUGAUUUUUCCACCUGAAAACCAAUUUUCUUAUCUAAAUUAUAAGCCUCCCUUAUUUGAUAGUAGUGAAGCCAGUCUCGUACUUUAGUUUUUAAAUUGUCAAAGCUCUGCAGCUUUAAUCUAUCUCCAUCUUGUUCUAAAAUUUCCCAAUAUUUUGGCCAAUUUGUCUCCAUAUUAAUUUUUUUCAGAGCCUUGGCCUCCAUUGGUGACAGCCACCUUGGUGUUUUACUUUCCAGCAAAUCAUUAUAUCUCACCCAGACAUUAAACAAUGCUUUCCUAACAAUAUGGUUCUUAAAGGCUUUGUGUGCUUUAACCUUGUCGUACCACAAGUAUGCAUGCCAUCCAAAAACAUUGUUAAAACCUUCUAAAUCCAAAAUGUCCGUGUUUUCAAGAAGCAGCCAAUCUUUCAGCCAACAAAAUGCGGCUGAUUCAUAAUAAAGUUUAAGGUCUGGCAGGGCAAAUCCACCUCUUUCUUUAGCAUCAGUUAAAAUCUUAAAUUUUAUUCUAGGCUUCUUGCCCUGCCAGACAAAUCUCGAGAUAUCUCUCUGCCAUUUCUUGAAACAGUCCAUCUUGUCCAAAAUUUGCAGUGUUUGAAACAAAAACAACAUCCUAGGCAAUACAUUCAUCUUUAUCGCAGCAAUUCGGCCCAACAUUGAUAACUUCAAUUUUGACCAUAUUUCCAAAUCCUUUUUCACUUCCAUCCAACAUUUUUCAUAGUUGUCUUUAAAUAAAUUCACAUUUUUAGCAGUCAUAUGAACCCCUAGAUACUUCACUUUCUUAACCAAUAUUAAUCCUGUCUCCUUCUGAAACCUCUCUUUCUCAAUCUCUGUUAAAUUUUUCUCUAACACCUUAGUUUUCAACUUACUCAGCUUAAAUCCCGCAACUUGACCAAAUUCUUGAAUUAAUUGCAAUACUCUUUUGGUACUGGAUUCUGGCUCCUGUAAUGUCAAAACCAAAUCAUCGGCAAAAGCUUUCAAUUUAUACUGUUUAGCUCCGAGUUGUAUACCUUUAACCAAUUGGUCUUUUCUAAUCAUGUUGAGCAAGACCUCCAGGACCGAUAUAAAAAGCCAUGGGGAGAUUGGGCAGCCCUGUCUUGUUCCUUUCUCAAUCUUAAACUCUUCUGUAACUACGUUAUUUACAAUUAACUUAGCUUUUUGCUCUGAAUAAAUUGCACCUAUACCGUUUUCAAAGCCUUGGCCUACCCCCAUUCCCUGUAAAUUUUUCUUCAUAAAACUCCAAGAAAUAUUAUCAAAGGCUUUCUCCGCGUCCACAAAUAUCAAAACUGCUUUAGUGUUAAUAUUCACUUGUAAUUUUUCUAAAAUGUUAAUUAUAUUCCUCGUGUUAUCUGACAAAUGUCUCCCCUGGAGAAAGCCCGCUUGGUCUUUGUGAAUUUCUUCCACCAGUACCUUUUUUAAUCUUUUAGCCAUAAUUUCCGCAAAAGUUUUGUAAUCCACAUUGAGUAAAGAUAUGGGACGGUAGUUCUUAAGCUGUGCCUUUUCCGAUUCUGUUUUCGGUAUAAGUGUAAUGUAAGCUUCUUUCCACGACUCGGGUGCCUUCCCCCCCCCCCUAAUAUUUCAUUGCAAACUUCCUUCAAAGGCUGUAUUAACCAUUCUUUCAAAGAUUUAUAAUACUUUGCAGUCAAACCAUCCGGCCCUGGAGAUUUGCCCAAUUUCAUGUUCUGAAUGGCUCCUUCCACCUCUUGGUCAGUUAUUUUGUAGUUUAGCAUUGAUUUACUCUCUUGAGAGAUUUUUUGUGAUCCAUUUGUUCUCAAAAACCGAUCGAUGUCUAUUUCUUUCUGAGUCUCCUGUGUAUAUAGCUGUUUAAAGUACUUCUGAAAACACUUUCUGAUCUCCGCGGGAUUCUGUACGUUCUUUCCCUCCACCACUAGAUUCGUAAUAGUGUUAAGUUUUUGUCUUUUUUUCAUUUGCCAUGCCAGCAGUUUCCCACACUUAUUCGCUGAUUCAAAUGUCUUUUGUCUCAUCUGUUUAAUCUUCCAUUCUAUUUCCUGAUUUGUCAAUUUCAUAUAUUGUACUUGAUAUAACUUUAUCUCUUUCAGGAUCUCCUGUGAUUUCGGUUUCGCCCUCAGUCUCUUUUCUCCAUCCUUUAUUUUCUCCAAAAUUUUUCCCCUUUUUUCAUUUUGAACUCUUUUCUUGAUUGCAUUUUGUUGUAUCAAAAACCCUCUCAUAACUGCUUUGCUUGCAUCCCAAAUCACUCUUUUUUCAGUCGUGGUAUUCAUAUUUAUCUCAAAAUAAUCUCUCAAGUUUUUCUGAGCCUUUUUAAUAAUUUCCUCAUUCCUAAACAAGGAGUCAUUCAUCCUCCAUCUAAAAGAACCAAUUGGUGUUAAUGUCAUUUCCAUCUUCACUGCAUUGUGGUCGGAGCAAGUUUUAGGGCAAAUCUCCACUUUUUUUAUCUUCGGGCCAGUCCCCUAGUUAUCCAGAUUUGGUCUAUUCUUGUCCAUGUCAUUUUAGCUUCAGAGAAGAAAGUUCCUUCUCUUCCCAAGGGGUUCUUAGUUCUCCAAAUAUCAACAAGGUCCAUAUUGUCAGUCAUUUCAAAGAACGUCUUUGGUAGUCUGCCGUCUUUCGGCACCGUUUGUCUUUGGGCUUUAUCCAUAUUCGUAGACACCACUCCAUUCAUAUCUCCCAUCAAAAUGCCCAGUUCUUGUUGGUGGGGUGUGAAGGGAGUGAUUCUAUAUUGCAGGGGCCCCUGGGUGUGCGUGCAAGAUGCUUCUUUAAGCUUCCUGUUGAUGGAGGGUGGGACAGGACACCUAGUAGGAAUGUCGGAGACUUCUGACAAAAACAGAAACGGUGGAGGAAAUGGCAAACAUGCACUUUUUUGUCCCAUGUCCGGAACGGAAAUCAAUCCAGCAAAUACCGUCAGUAUUUGCUUUUGUUGCUUUCAGUCAGCCAUCAGUACAUAAUUGAAAUUAAUGGGGUGGAAUAAGAAGAAGAAGAAGAAGAGUUUGGAUUUGAUAUCCCGCCUUUCACUCCCUUUAAGGAGUCUCAAAGCGGCUAACAUUCUCCUUUCCCUUCCUCCCCCACAACAAACACUCUGCGAGGUGAGUGGGGCUGAGAGACUUCAGAGAAGUGUGACUGGCCCAGGGUCACCCAGCAGCUGCAUGUGGAGGAGCGGAGACGCAAACCCGGUUCCCCAGAUUACGAGACUACCACUCUUAACCACUACACCACACUGGCUCAUACGUACUAUGUAAUUGACAUAGUUAAAUACAUAAAUUACAUAAUUUCACCACAGUGGACAGAAGGACAAAUAACCUAGUUACUGACAGAAGACAAACUGCCCCAGAAAGGAGACAGUGCUGCCUGUAAGAAUGCAGGCUGGAGUGGAAAACAGUGGCUUCUUACAUUCCUACACCGAAUGUUUGGAGCAUAGGUUUUCUCUUCCCCCAGUUCCUGCCCUCCCCCUUGGUUUACCGAUGCAGCACUUUCCCUAUAGAAUGAAUAAUAACCUUUUACGUACAGGGAAGAAGAUGAAGGGGUUUGCUUAAGAAAGCCAUUGGGUUGGAAGCUAAAACUGCCCAGUGCCUGGGGGUUGAGGCUGCUCCUCUGAACUCUCUUCCGUAUUGCAGUCCUUCUACUCUGUCCUACAAAACUCAAUGAAAAUCAUUAAGUGGGGGGUGGGGAAGCCACCUAUUCAUCUGCUUAGGGUUUCCUCAAGUUCUGUGUCUUCAUUGGCACGAGUGUUGCAGAGACUGAACACAGGAACUAAAUAUGUAAAAUCUGGCUAGCAAAAUGUCUGCCAUUAGGAUGAAGUCUCUCUCUCUCUCUCUGUGUGUGUGUGUGUGUGUGUGUGUGUGAGAGAGAGAGAGAGAGAGAGAGAGAGAGAGAGAGAAGAGUUUAUACAGUGGUACCUCAGGCUACAAACGCUUCGGGUUACAAAUGCUUCAGGUUACAAACUCCGCUAACCCAGCAGUAGUACCUCGGGUUGAGAACUUUGCCCUAGGAUGGGAACGGAAAUGGUGUGGCGGCAGCAGGAGGCCCCAUUAGUGAAAGUGUACCUCAGGUUAAGAACGGUUUCACAUUGAGAACGGACCUCUGGAACGAAUUAAGUUUGUAACCCGAGGUACCACUAUAUAAUGUAAGCACCAUUGGCUGGGGGGCAGGGGAGCUCAAUGUGUCUGUAUACCUAAAAGUAAAAUGGUGGCUUCGAAUAGACCACUGGGGCAGGCACCAAGCUUGCUGUGGGACACUGGCACGAGAAUUUCGCUUUCCACAUCCUUUCUUAUAGUCCUGCAUAGGUUCAUUCUCUGGUCUUUGGUUAAUUCUGAAUUGUGACAGUGUGGAGGGAAACUAACUUUUAUAUUUGCUUUUAUCCAGGGCUGCCAAUAUGCACUAUUCUUUUCACUGUAAAAUAGGGUAUCGGUUCUAAUCUCAGGAGAGGGCAACCUACUUUUGAGCAAGGGUUAAAGAUAACAACAUGAGGCACAAGAGGGCCUUAACAUGCCUCUCCUCUGGCUUUCCUCUUAGCCUGCUUUGUCUGCAGCCUUGUAUCUUCAUUUGGUUCAUGGAAAGAAAGGAGAGGAGGUUUUGGAGAUUAUUCAGAAACCACUGAACUACAUUGACCAGACCCUUGUCAAAAGGGGUACUCCUUAUCUUACCGGGGUAAGUAAGAAUCGCUGUGUAGCAAAAUGAGCAUUACUGACAAAGGAUUGGUAGAGUUGAGAGGGAUAUCCAAUAACUCUGGAUCUUUCAGGCUAAAUUGUUACACUAGUGGGCGCCAGCACAAUGAAUCCCAGUUGUUCAAUCCUCCAUAUCUGUUCAGGAGAGUCAGAAGAACAGCAUGUGUGGGGAGGAGCAGGGAGAUUUCUCCAUCAUUGCAAGCAAUUUUAUUUGCCCUGGUGAAGAAUCUCCUUAGCACUACUUUGAAUCUACACCCCCCCUCCCCUGUUGUCUUUGGCAGGACUGGUUCCAAGCCAAGGUCUUGCCAUUUGCAACACAUCGUUUUAUGUGGCUCUUGUCCCAGGAGGACCAAGGGGAGGGGGAAACAAAGCAAAGUGAGGGGAGCAAAGCAAAGAACGGGGAGAGAACUAUAAUUGCUUGAAGUGCCAUCGAGGUCUCACCUCUGACUUUUGAGGCUUAGGUCUGUAUGCGUGAGCGCAAUGCUUGCUGAGCUUUCUCACCUUAAGGGCUAAAAACUGCAAAAUGAAAUAAUAAAAGCUGGAAUACUCUGGAUGCUAAAUUUUAUACCAAGUGCUGUUCUUGUACAAUUUGGAACAAUAGAGUCACAGAAUGCACAAGGCUAUCCUGCCUUGGGUAAGAGAUCGGACAAGAACACCCGUCCUUUCAGUUGGUGAAUUUGUAUUUCCCAGUGACCAUUUCAGAAAACAAGUUUAUUGUCUUAUAUAAAAAGCUUAUUACAGAAUAUGUGUACUAAAUUGCUAUGUUAUUGCUGGCUUUUGCUGACAAGAUAAAUCAAAUAUAUGAUUUGUUUAUGGCCCACUGAGCACAAAUGCAAAAGUUAUAGAACGUAAAUUACAUAAGUUAGUAAAAAGAUUGCAGUGUGUGUGCAUGUGUGCAUGCGCCAUACAGCAGCCAAGCAAAAUUGCUACGUUUAGGAAUUUUGCAAAUUGCUCUGUAAUAAUAAAAAGGAGCCCUCUGAUAAAAUGGUUAACAGAGGCACGGAAGUCUCUUCAGUGUUAAUUCUGGAAAGUUUAAACUUAAUAUGGAAAGUGUUUGUUCCUUUUGGGAAACACUUUGCAACUCUCUCCUAGAGUUUAUUCUGUCCUGUUGUCCCUCCUGUUCACACUUGCGAACCAAUUUCCCCCUAACUUUUUUAUCUAGGACGCUGAGUCAGCUGUUGAUGUCGUCUUGUGGGGCGCCCUGUUCCCUCUGUUAAGGGAUGAAUCCUUCCUGCCAGGUGAGAGAUGCUGCCCAAGGCCUUAGUGUGCAUCGUUUUGUGGCCACGUUUAAGGCCACAGGAGGCAACUUUGAUGUGCCGAUCUGCCUGCUGGUUUGGAUGAGCCUCUGUGUGUUGCUCUGGCUCCGCUCCUCUCCCCGUCCCUAAUCACUCAGUCAUGAAUCUCACUGGGCCACCUUGGCCCAGUCACUCUCCCCACAGGGUUGUUGUGAGGAUAAAAUGGGGAGGAGGAGAACCGUUAGUGCCGCCUUGAGCUCCUUGGAGAAAAGUGGGAUAUAAAUAUGAUAGAUAAAUACAGUGCUUUUUUGUGGGGGGACGCAUACCCCUAAACAUUUUGUGAAUCUAAGUUUGGCCUCAUUGAGGGGCAGUAUUUCAAUAUGAGUAGGAAGAUGAAAGUACCCCUAAAUGUAUUUUUUUGGGGGGGAAAGCACUGGAGAAAUAAAUACAUAAUUGGGGUUUUUUGGGGGGUCCUUCUUUUCACACUCUUCCCUCUCUCAGUAAUGGAAGCAUAUGGAUCAUUGCCAAACAUUCUGCCUUCAGGGAGCCCCCUUGCAUUGCAGAGGACACAACCAGCUCAUAUGCAGCAGCAAAGAGACUUGCUCAGUUGCUGUGUUUGCCCCUGAGUGCACCUUAGGAAAAACCUUACAUGCUCUUGUGGCUGCGUGCUACAGGGGAAGACAAGCCGUGGCAAACUCUUUCAGGGGAAGGAUUGUCUGCUACUACUGUCAUCUUACAGAGGGAUCCUAGGGCAUUCAAAACACUAUUUGGACCACAGUGAGAUAAAGGUACAAAUAGCUAGCUUUUUGUUUCGUUUCCCCCCUGGCUAUCUUGAUUCUGAUCACUCUGGUGAUUCCAACCAUGCUUGCCUUGCCCAGAAGAGGUCUCCUGGCAAAACUAGUCUCCAACUAGUUUUGAGUCCGUGGCAGGGAUCUUCGCAGAUUGUGGGGUGUGGGUGUUAACAAAUAGGAACUUAAUACAUUUCUAUUUGAGACUGAGCAGUUACCAAGGUGAGAUUUUUCCUCUGGAAUUUGUUUGAUUUUAAAGAUGAGUUAAAGGCCUUGAGGAGAUGGUUCCAGAACAUGAACCAGAAGGAGUACUGCAAGAAGGCUGUUGAAUCUGUAUGGACGCCCAAAGGAUUGCUGGAGCUGAAGGCUUAUCUGCAAAAGCAUCCUGCUCCCAACCAGGCUUUUGAGAAGCCAGCUACUAAUGAGCUGAAGGUAUUGUCCUCCUUCCGUGUGAACCGGGCCUCCAGUUCUCUUCAAAUGGUGCUAAGAGUAGCACAUAGUGCUGCAGGUGGGGGAAAGGGAAGGCUGAAUGCUUCCCCAGAGACCAGCUCUGUCAGCUCCGGAAGGGAGACUGCUAGGCAGCGAGGCGGGCGGCAAACCAGCAGAAUCCCUAAUCUGCUCCGAUUGUCCAACACCAGAAACACAAACUCUAGGUCCAGCGCCGAGGACCUUCUGGUGGUUCCCUCACUGCGAGAAGCCAAGUUACAGGGAACCAGGCAGAGGGCCUUCUCGGUAGUGGCACCCACACUGUGGAAUACCCUCCCAACAGAUGUCAAAGAGAACAACAACUACCCCUGCCCCUCACAUCCCACCAAGUGCCCUUAUAGCCCAGUUAAAAACCGUUGAAAUGUUAAAAAAAUAUUAAAAGGAUAUAAAAACAAUUUAAGGGAAGAAGCCCUCUCUGCUGGGCAGCAGCAGCAGUCCUUAGGAAGCCUGUCAGGCCCUGCCCUGGGCCAGGUAGAUGGAGGCAGGAGCAGGGCCCUCAGGCUCUCAGCAGGGUGGUCCUAUUGAGCUAUUGUUUUGCUAUGUUGUUAUGAAAUUGUUUUUGUUGUGUUUGUUUGAAAUGCAUCUCUGUUUCUUUUUCGUAAGCUGCUUUGAGCAUUUAUUUAUUUUUGGUAGCAAAGUGGCAUUCAGAUAAAAUGAAUGAAACAAAAUCUUUCCUUCUGCUUGUGAAAAUGAGGUCAAAGUCAAUGACUAGAUUCUGAGAAGAUGUUUAGGAUUUGUUUAGUUGACUGGUAUUUAGCCCAGUAAGUACUAAAGCACCAUGUGGGGAGGGAAGAUGCUCCGAGAGGGGGGCGGUGCAGACUGCCCUGGUGUGUCUGAGCCACACUUGCAGUUUUGGACUGUGCCACUUUGUGCAUCAGCAAAGUGAUUGCCUUCUGGGUGCUGAGCACCUGCAAAGCAGGUUUGCAGAUGGAUUUUUGUUCCUCUCUCUAGGAAGAGGAAUCCGCUCAGAGGUCUCUGUCUGAGGAGGAGAUUGCAGCAAUUGCAGAAGUCUGGGUCAGAGGGCCAGCUGGCCUCCCCAAACCUUGGAAGCCACAGCAACCUAUGUAAGUACCUUGCUGGGCUAAAAUGCCCUGGCCUUAGUGGAAAUGAUGUGGGGCUGUUUUGAGGAAGACUUCAAAGCAAAGAGCAGAACUAUGUUCCUGUUCUAUGUCUUAAAAUCCCGAACAUCUCUGUACGUAUGAAUAUAUGAAAAUAAAUCUGUAUCUAUAUCAUGGUGAACAUUGACAUCAGUGUUAGGGUUAGCGGUUAACCCUUAUCAAUGCAACAUGGUGCACAGCGCAACAGUCCCCUCCUCUGUAUAGGCAGUUUUGUGGUGAUGUGUGAUCAUUUUUAAUGGAGUUUCCCACAACCAUGAGGUUUAGGAGCCAAACACCAAUUUGCAAAUUUAGCAGAGUAUCAGAAUCUGUUUGUACUUGGCGUUGCAGAAGACUAACAUCCAGCCUAUAAAGAACUGGCCUUUCUAAGUUGCAGGGGCAACUUCCCCAGGAGCCCAGAUACUUACAGUGUAACCUCACAGAGUAGCCUUUUUUCCUUCUUGUGCCUCCCUGCUCUUCUACCAAAGCACAGUUUCUCUCUUUAAAAUCUGGCUCCAUUUCUUGUGGCUCAUCUUCGCAGACUUCCUGUGGAAGGCAUGAAGAACGUGCUGAUCACCAGCGCCCUGCCCUAUGUCAACAAUGUGCCUCACCUUGGGAAUAUCAUUGGCUGUGUCCUCAGUGCCGAUACUUUUGCCAGGUAAGAUGUUGAUGCCUUUUGCCACCGACUCUUGUUAGGAUAUGUCAGUCACUUGGAAAGGGGGGUUAACGGGACGCUGAACAUUUAUUCUUUUGGCAUUUUAUUUUCAAGGUGUAUCCACUCCAGUAGAGCUGCCUUUGUACCUGGUAAUAUCAGAGUGGUUGGUGAUAUGAGUCAAUUGAUUUCUUGCUAUUUGAUGUUGCUUUAAUGAAUCUGAUUUUAAAAUGAAUUUGCAAAAUCCCAUAGUAUGUGUACUUGGAUAUCUGUGCUUAUGUUGCCUAUACAGUGGUACCUCGGGUUAAGUACUUAAUUCGUUCCGGAGGUCCGUACUUAACCUGAAACUGUUCUUAACCUGAAGCACCACUUUAGCUAAUGGGGCCUUCUGCUGCUGCCGCGCCGCCGGAGCACAAUUUCUGUUCUCAUCCUGAAGCAAAGUUCUUAACCUGAAGCACUAUUUCUGGGUUAGCAAAGUCUGUAACCUGAAGCGUAUGUUACCUGAAGCGUAUGUAACCCGAGGUACCACUGUAUACACUUUGCAAACUACUUUGAGGCAGGCAGUGUAUAAAUAUUAUGAAAGAAAAUAAAAAAUAUUUUCUGUGUGUUGCAACUUGCAUCUUGAGCAGGUCUUAGGCUCCAGUUCUAAACAGUUAUUACAGAGUAAGAGCCACUGAGCUCAGUGAGGGUUAUUUCCAACUAAUCAUAGACAGGGUUUAACUGUUACUCUAAUGAGAUCAUACGAAACUGCCUCACAUCAAGUGGACUACUGGUCCAUGCAGCCUCGUUUUCUGCUCUGUUCUGAGUAUCAGUGGCCCCCCAUGACCUGAAGAUGAGGCCUUCCCCAGCCCUGCUGCCUGAGUGUUUUUUAACUGGAGGUACCAGAAAUGUAACCUGGGAUCCUCUGCAUUCAAAGCAUGUGCUUUCCCACAGAGCUCUGACCAAUUUGAAGUAACAGAGGGACUGUGUGAAGCUUUGGUCCUUGCAGGUAGCGAUAAGCAUCCUGCUUCACUUCUUGUGUCCUGUCCAGGUACUGUCGUUUGCGCAACUGGAACACGCUGUACCUGUGCGGUACUGAUGAGUACGGCACUGCCACAGAGACAAAGGCCAUGGAGGAGGGGCUGACACCGCAGCAAAUCUGUGAUAAGUACUACACUGUCCAUGCCCAGAUCUACCAGUGGUUCAAAAUCUCCUUUGACUACUUUGGCCGCACCACCACACCCCAUCAGACCAAGUAAGUACUGCCCGGAAAGGGAGCACAGUGGCCAAGGGAAAAGGAGCAUGAAUGCCUCAUGUGGCAGCACUACUUUGCACUCUCUCUUACAAACCACUUAUUGUCUUAGCCUUUAACAACUGUAAAACUGGCUGUUAGAGAUGGGCAGGAAAGAUUGACGGACUUGUUUACAGUUUCUGUGACCAUGGAGGUCCAGCUGCCAUGAAACAAAGAAUGCCUGUACCUAAAAAUCUGAGAGCACAUAAUAUGUUUUUAUUUAAAUUAUUUCACAUUGUUGCCCCUCUACUCAAACUGAGCGCUCAGGGUGAGGCAUUGGUGCCAAGUACAGGUUUAAGGCAUGCUUGUAAAAUGACUGUGCUCAAUGUAGCAAGUUUUUGACUUCUCCAGAAAAAGGGAAGCUUUUCAAAAUUUGGCUUUGUUUGCUAUUUUCCCCCUGCCUUGGGCUACAAAUGACAAAACAGCAUAUAUGUGGGUGAGAAGGAACUCCUUGUGGGCUAGUAACUUACUGAUGGGUUAAUUUUGAUUGCUGAGAGGUGGUAGAUGGGUUCCUUGGAAGCCACUGGUGCACAGGCUGAGUUAGGAUGUGGGUUCUCUUCUUCUGAAUAAUCCUGUACAGCUGCCACUGGUGUAUUACAAAAGAGUGUAUGGUGCCACUAAAUGUGAUGCAGAACUGCAGGUGUGCCACAUCAUAUAUGAGGUCUGGCAGAUAAACUCAGAAUGCAGUCCUGACUGGUUAGCAGCUUGCGUGUACUGGCUGCAGGCCCGUCUUGUUCAAUGGUAAACUGAUAAAGUGAUUUGUCACAGUACUUUUAUCCCUGUCUCUGAAUGAGCAGAACAGCAUUGUCCGAGGAUACUAACUGGGCCAGAUGGAAUUUUAGUUACCAUUCUUACGUGUACUGUUGUAGGAAGCAUGUUCAGUCCCCUCCUGUGAAGCAAGGUCAGAUACACAUCCAAAGAUAAGAUGCAGUUUAAUCUUUUGUACACCACUUUGGAUUAAAUUAUUAUUAUUAUUAUUAUUAUUAUUAUUAUUAUUAUUAUUAUUAUUAAUUGGUCUAUAUGUGUGUAAAUAAGAUUAAUUGGCACCAGUUACCAUCAAGUCUACCUACACCACCAGACACUAAUAUGCCAUUGGGAAACACAGGUGUUUGCUGUUUGGUCAGUUUCCAGUGGCUUAAGCAAGUAAGGCAAGCCACAUGUUACAGGGUUCAGCAAUGCAGAACCAAGUCAGUGGGACUUCCUUUGCACCGUAGAAAGGUUCUUAACUGACCAAUGGACAACUGAGCCAUGAAUUUCACACUACAGGUAGUGUUAUGAGAUGGGCCUCCUCCUUAAAUUGGACCAUGGUUGGCACAGGAGAGCAGGACUCCAUGUUCUAGAGCAGGUGUGGGGAACCUUUGGACCGAUGGAUAUUGAUGAACUACAACUCCCAACACCCCUUCCCAUUGGUCAUGCUUGCUGGGACUGGUGGGAGUUGUAGUUCAUCAACAUCUGGAGGGCCAAAGGUUCCUCACACUUGUCCUAGAGGUAUGAAGUGCUUUGCCAGCCUUCCUGCUGUAUUAGAGAAUCAUCAGCAGAAGGUGUAGAUGCAAUUGGCAAGCCCAAGACAAACACUGGUCUGCUAAUUGUUCAUGGAUUGACUGCCAAGUUUUCCUUGAUGUGAUUUUUAUUUAAUUUUUGGGGUGUGUGCCAUACGAAGGUUGAGGAUGUCCCUCCUUCAUAUGUUUCUUCUCUUCCUCGCCUCAGGAUAGCUCAGGACAUUUUCCAGAAGCUACUGGAGCGCAACUACCUUCUGACAGAGACAGUGGAUCAACUGAAGUGUGAGAACUGUUCACGGUUCCUGGCUGACCGCUUUGUGGAAGGCAUCUGCCCCUUCUGCAACUAUGAAGAGGCCCGUGGGGACCAGUGCGACAAAUGUGGCAAACUGAUCAAUGCCACUGAACUUAAGGUACUGCCACCCAUAUGAUCCUGGGAACCUACAUACUUAGCAUUUCUCUUUAUCUUUGUCUUGGAUUGCUAGAAAUAAUGGUGGAAUGUGUCUCAUUUGCACCAUGUUAGGCUAGCACAGAUUCCCCACCACCCAUCUCCUCCCCACAGAAUCCGGCGGUGCAAGCCCAAGGUCCCUCUCUUUUUACAGAAGUAGAUGAACUUUGCAGGCAUAGGAGAGCCCUCAGAGUGAUUUAGGCAUACCAGAUAGGCUUAAUCCAGGGAUUUCUGUGCAGGGCACCAUAAAGUAUGAUUUUUUUGAAAAAGAAAAGGUACCUUAUUUUAUACCAGAAUUGAAAUCAAUUCUGAGGGUACAAAACCUGCCAAAUUUCAAAGCGAUUUUCCCUCAAGGGAGACUUUACUGUUUUGGAUUGUGUACAAUUAGAAUUUAGGAGUGCAGGUGAUCGUGGGAAUAAAGAGCAUGGAUCCCCAGAAAAGACUGGGAUGGGGAAAAUGUUACAGAGAGAGAGAGAGAGAGCGCGCAAGCGAGCAAGGACCCUGCUUUCAAAGGGAAGAAAGUGAUAUUUCUGUUGAUUUGCAUAGGAAAAUUAAUGGUGGUGGAGGAAAUAGCAUAGAUCCAUGUGAAGAACAAACAUAGUUUCCCCAAAUCGCUGUUCCCUGGAAAACAAUUCAUUGAUUAAAACCUGGGCUUGUCAGUCAAAACAAGGGAAGGUGCAGCCAAUAAUAACUUUCCAACACACAAGAAUUUGCAUGUAUGGCGGUCCUACAUAUGGGCUUGGUACUACUUCCUGCAUGUUGUUUACUUGCUGGGCUUAAUGUCAAGCAUACCAUGGCCUUGUCUUCUUUCCAUCCUGGCAGAAACCAGUUUGCAAAGUCUGCCAGGCGACCCCUGUGGUGAAAUCCUCCCAGCACCUGUUCCUGGACCUGCCCAAGGUGAGUCUCUCUUGUUUUACUAGUGUCUUUAAAGGACAGUACGAUGUACAUGUGAUGUACAGUUUGCUUAGUGUUGUUAGCAAUCAUAAUGAGCCCUAGAGCUUAUGACAUUACACCCAGGAUCCCCAUUCACUGUCUCUGAUCUUCUCACCUUUAGCUAGAAGAGAGCCUGGAAAAGUGGCUGUCUGUCUCUCAGUCCACUGGGGACUGGACCCCCAAUGCAAGAUAUAUCAGCCGUUCCUGGAUCCGUGAUGGGCUCAAGCCACGGUGCAUUACUCGUGACCUGAAGUGGGGCACACCAGUCCCUUUGGAUGACUUCCGUGACAAGGUGAGUGAUGGGGUAAAGAUUCAGGGGACCAGUGCUUAAUCCUUUCAUGGUCUUGCUGAGUGCUUGUUCUUAUUCUGUGGUCCAAGGCUUUUUCUUUUUGAGGGGCACCACAGGAAAGACAGUACUAUUUCAGCAGGAUGGAUCAGGGCAUUGGGAGUUCUAGCAGGUAGGGAGUCUAGAGGCAAAACGACUUAGUGUCAGUGGUGCCUGGAGAAAAAGGAGGGCAUUGUAAAAGGAGCACAGAAAGUUGUCUGAGUUGUGUCUGUCUGUUUUCUGAACAUCAAAAAUAACCUUCUCAAUUGUAUUAUUCAUUAGUAACUUCAUAUCGCAUUUGCCAGUAAAUCAAAUGCUUUCUAAUUUCAAUCAAAUUUAUUCAUACUUUGACUUAAACUCGUUGUUUUGCUAAUUAACCAGAACUUAUGCCUGUAGCUUAAUUAUUGAGUCAACCCUUGAAACCAAUGGUACAGCUCCAGAAUGGUCAAGUGUCGUUGAUUCAUUUGAGCAUGUGCAGAAUACCUACAGUUCACCACUGAAGAAUCAGCAGCCACUCUCCACAUAAUUGGCAUUUUCUUAAAGAUUUGAGCUGUGGCCUGCCCUGUUUUAGAAAUUAAGCAUCAGUAUGGCCUUCCAUACUUCAAAAAAUAAGGAUUGAAAAGAUGUGCAUGAGCAGACGUGUCAAAUUUCAAGUGAAAUGUUGGUCAGGAAAAGUGCAAAGGCAGGAUGUUACUGGAAGACUAGCCACUCCGGUCCCUGAAAGUGCUCCCUUGCCUGCCUUCCGUGAACCAUCCCCUCAUGUUCCCCUCCUCCUUCUCUCUCUAUAGGUGUUCUACGUCUGGUUUGAUGCCCCCAUUGGCUACCUGUCCAUUGCAGCCAAUUACACUGACCAAUGGGAGAAAUGGUGGAAGAACCCAGAACAGGUGAUGAGCUUGUUAGUUUUGCACACUUGCCACUGUAGCUUGGUCUCUUUCACAGAAGGAAUAAGACCGAGAGAUCCCUUCCAGAUAAGCUCAUUUUAUGUAAAGGAUGUACAGUAGUUUUCUCGUGUGUGUCUUCAGUCUAGAAUCCAGGCAGAUGUUCUGUCUGAUGGUGUAUCAAAGCACUGGCGAUGGGGUGGGAGCAUGUGUAGGACCCAGGGUGCCUGUACACCCAUGUGAUUAUCCCAUCCUCAGGGGCAUGUGUGCUUCUGUAACACCCCUCCAAACAAAUGCCCUUUAUACUAGUCAGCCAUUUGGGGCAGCAAAGAGUGAGGGGGUUGUGUGACUUAACUGUAAGGGAAGAGUUAGAAGUUUCCAGUUUCUCAGAGGGAGAAAGCAUUCCCCAAGGGGGGAAGGAGAGCAGUGAAUCUAAUAGAAGGGAGCAAGAGGAACAACAGGGAGGGACCGGCUGUUCACAGGAAAGGCAAGGGUUCAGUUCUAGCUCAGAUUCGGAGGAGGGGAGAUACAGGCCAGCUCUAGCCAGGAGGGUAGGAAAAAGAGCAGGAAAGGGCACCUUCGCCAUUUUGAAGGUGGCUGUCACGGAGAAGCAGAGCUCAGAAGGUAUCUGAAAUAAGUGACUCUGAGGAAUAAUAGUUAAGAACCGUUUAUAAGAAUGUUUUGUUAAUACGCAAUAAAAAGUUUUAUAAAAGAACAAGAAGCGUUUGUGUGGUGAUCUGAAGAGGACAACGACCAGUCCUGACAUUAACCAUGCAGUCCAUCUCCUGUUUCUUCUCAGGUUCAGCUUUAUAACUUCAUGGCCAAGGACAACGUCCCCUUCCAUAGUGUUGUGUUUCCCUGUUCGUUGCUGGGUACUGGGGAUAGAUACACACUCGUCAACCAUCUUAUCGCAACAGGUACUCUGUGUGUGAGAGUUGGCCUCACCUGCCACUCUUUCAUUUCCAAACCCUGCUGGUUUAAGCUAGACUAUGUCACAAAAAAGGUUUCAUCUUAUGUGGCCUGGAAGCUGUAGUGGAGCUAUUGAAGUGGGAUUUGAGCAAACCUUUAAAACCCCCUAAGAACAUGAGUCCUGCUGGAUGAUGCCAAAGGCAGUGGCAAAGCAGAUCCCUUUGGGAAGCCCACAAGUAGGACCCCUGAGUCCAACAGUGCUGCACCCAUUUCCUGAUAUUCAGAGGUGAGGUAGGGACUUCCCCUGCACGCAGAGAUUGAGCUGACAAGACCAAUAAUGGGUCCCAUGGUCAAGAAGGCAGUUUCUGCACGUGCUGUAGAGGGAAGUGAGGGACAGGUGAGGCUCUUCAGUUUGAGAAGGUAGCCCACCUAGAAGGAAAAUUCUGAUCCUAAACCUCCGCUGACUUGCGGGAUCUCUUUGGGAGAAGAAAGGACUGAGGAGUGGAGGCCCUAAGAGGGUUGGGUGGUGCCUUGUACGCCUCCUUCCAGCAGCUCCUGCGGCCAAGCUGGUGCCAAACGUAUUGCUCUGCUUUCCUUUGGGCUACAUUAGUGAGGCUGAGAGUGGGGUUUUGUUGUCUGAGCAACCCAGGACCUCCAUAAACACUGCCCAGGCUUGUGCUCCAGGGAGGUCACUCGGGUUCUGCUACCACAGCGGUUUGACUUUGCCCCUGGAGGCACACGCCAUUGUCGCUUAAGACAGACAGAUGACGGAUGCCAACCAACUGCCUCCACACUGGAAGGAGAGCAUAGACAUCAUGGCUAGUAGUCACUGAGAACCUUAUCCUCUGUGAAUUAGUCGAAACCUCUUUUAAAGCCAUCACUUAAUCUUCCUUUCUGCAGAGUACUUGAACUACGAGGAUGGCAAAUUCUCCAAGAGUCGUGGUGUGGGGGUCUUUGGAGAUAUGGCCAAAGACACAGGCAUCCCUGCAGACAUCUGGCGCUUCUACUUGCUCUACUUGCGGCCUGAGAGCCAGGAUAGUGCCUUCUCUUGGAAUGAUCUCAUGCUUAAAAACAAUUCAGAGCUUCUCAACACCCUUGGCAACUUCAUCAACAGGUAAUGGGGUGAGGAGGGAAAGAGUCAUUCAAAUCCACAGUGAAACUAGAACAUGGCAGCCUGGUGGUGGUGGUGGUGGUGGUUGAGAGGAACAGGAUUAUGAAUGUAUGGCAGAUAGUUCAUAUAAAGAAAAGGAAAGCAGGUAAUUUACCCAACACAUGGUUUUUUCAGUGGAUUUGUACUUAUGUAAUGGAUACAGAUGUGUUCCCACCCCUGGUUGGGAGAUACUGCUUUGUACACAGCUUGCAAACUCCUUCUAUUUUUGUUGUAUCCAGUUAGAAAUUUUAAGUGAUCUGCCUGUUCAUUAGCCAUACAUUUAUUGCAUGCAAAUCAUUGGCUUCACAGCAAUCAAAAAGCAAUACAACCAUCAAACCAUUACAGUUAGUCUGGUUUUCUGUAAAAUAAAAUGACUAUGCCAGAACUUUAGGAUGUAAUGGUUUACAAUAAAAUUUGUCCCUCAUCCCUCUCUCCUGUGUCUCUCUCUCUCAGAGCCGGGUCCUUUGUGUGCAAAUUCUUUGGGGGACACGUCCCCACCAUGGAGCUGAGUCAGGAUGACAAAUGUCUGUUGGUUCACAUCACUCUGGAGCUGCGCCAAUACAACCAAUUGUUGGAGAAGGUCAAGUACGUCCUUGGGACCUGGCAUGUGCCAUUAGCCUGAGGGCCUGGUUCCAUCCCUUGUUUAGACAAGUACUGAAAAGGGCUCUUCCCAGUCACAGGUAGCAGAAUGUUGGCUAAGGAGAUCAUCUCCAGAUUGGCUCUGAACAUGUGAAUUAGUUAUAUCUGUAUCUGUCUCUCUCAUGAGCAUGUGCAGAUAUCCUUUUCAUUAACUGUAAGUAAAUGCAUGUGGAACAAAUCUUCACUUCCAGAGUCCUACUCACAUUGUGUUAGAUGCUUAUUUCUGGUUAUGCAUCUGUGUGUGCUUUUUAUCCUAUGCCUUUUUGAGAAGCAAAACUGACAUGUUAAGAUUAAGGUAGAGAUAAAGCAAUGAAAAAGCAGGCUCUGUCACCCUUGCAAAUAACUUGACAAAAUUUGAUAACCUGCAAGGUGUUUUACUAGUCUGCUUGUCCGCAUGGAUCUAUGUUAGUAUUUUGUGGUUGUCUGAGGGUUUGAAAAAUGGGGGGGGGGACACCAACAGCUGAUUUACCAAAAUAAAAAAUAAAAAAAAAUCUGCAUGAUUGCCUGGAGGUUGUUGUUACGUUGCCCCAGGUAUAAGGCAAGUGGUUAUUUAUGAGCCCUGGUCCCUUCUAGCAGCUAGGGCAAAGAGGAGACUGCUACAUUUUCUUCUUCCCUGGUUUGGCUCCUCCUACAAAUUUCCUGUUUUUCUCCUGCAGGAUCCGUGAUGCCCUGCGCAGUAUCCUAAACAUUGCUCGCCUUGGCAAUCAGUAUCUCCAGGUCAAUGAACCCUGGAAACGGAUCAAGGGCAGCGAGGCUGACAAGUGAGUCUCUGCUUCUGAUGGUGCCCUCUAGUCAGACCAGCCAGCUCAGCAGAAUAAUGUCUCCCCCUUUGCUCUGAGCUAGCUACCAGUGCUUAAUUUUGGGAGGCAUGUUUUAGCUCUGGUAUAUAGACUGCCAUCUCCUCUUCUUGGCUUCUCUCCUUCCUCCCACAGGGAGGAAGCAUCAUUUCAUCUUCCUAGGAAAAUUAACAAGCAUCAUUUCAUCUUCCUAGGAAGCAAGCAAGCACAGUGAUAGGGGUAGCCGUCAACAUUGCAUCCUUGCUAUCUGUUAUCCUGCAACCGUACAUGCCCAGUGUGAGUGCUGCAAUCCAAGAACAGCUGUGCAUUCCUGCUGACUACAACGUGGUGACCAACGACUUUGUCUGCACCUUGCCUGCUGGGCAUCAGAUUGGCACGGUAAGUGCCGGGGAGAGGAGACUAUAUAGCUUGUGCCAGAACCGUGGCUAAAGUCUUUUCUAAGCUAUGACCGAGGGCCAGUUAUCUCCAAUGGUAGAUAAGAUGGUAAACCUGUUUCUUGACUGUACCUCUUCAGGCUUGUAUAACAGAAUGCUCCUCCAUUAAAAAUAAGAUAUAACCCCAGCACUUAAAUAGCUAGCGUGUUUGGGAGAAAGAUCACUGAGUUGGGAGCUAAAAGGAAUACCACUCCUGUAAUGGGCUUUGUGUGGGGCCGUCCUGGUGUCUGGUCCAGAAGCUGCGGCUGGUGCAGAAUGCAGCAGACAGACUGCUCAUGUUAACAUGGUGCCCUGCUGCAUGUUACCUCUCCCUUGGGAGGCUGUGGGCUCUCCUUCCUUGGAGAGUUUUAAGCAGAGGUUGGGUGGCCAUCUGUCAUGGCUGCUCUAGCUGAGAUUCCUGCAUAUUUAAAAAGAGAUAUAGUAAAACUAACCUACAAUCAGGGGUAAUUUCUUGAGCAACCGUUAACAGUAACAAAGAAACUGAAAGGAGAAAAAUAGGGUUGGAAAAUUAACAGAUAUCAGGAAAGUAAGGUACAUCUAGAAUGCCACAGAGCUUGGGUUGGGAAGUCUGUAAAGAAAUUUUGUAUGAUGGAAAGUGUAUGGUGUAUAAAUAGAAAAAAGGAAAAUAUAUCAAUAAAAAUUAAAAGAGGAAAGGAUAAAGUUAUUGUUCCUCACUUGAAGUUUUUUGAAAGUUACAUAAUACAACACAAAUAGAAAUCAUUAAGAGUGCAGUUGUUGACUAUGUGAUAAUUUUGUAAAAUGGAUUGUAAUAGAAAUGAAUAAGAACCAUCGGGACCAGCACAUGGGAAACCUCUUAACGAAAUUGCAUUAAUUUGGAAUUAAUUUGUGUAAUGGGGUUAAAAUUGGAAAAUCAAUAAAAAUAAUUGGCAACAAAGAAACGAAAGUGAAGUUCUGCUUUGUCAUCCUCCUACUUACUUCUAACCAUUACUACUUACAUAGUUACAAACAUAGGGACUAGAUGCUUAGACGCAUUUCUUGGGAUGCCCAGUACUCUCAAAGUAAUCAUAUAGAAUACACAUAACACGUGUGUGGGACAAGUUCACAAAGGAUUCUGUGGACCCACCUGUCUCCUUAAUUUCCCACCAGGUGACACCUCUAUUCCAGAAGCUGGAGACAGAACAAAUUGAAAACCUGCGGAAGCGCUUUGGUGGUGGCCAGGUAAGGAAAAGCAGCUGAGCCAAUGGAUGUAGAGCUCCUCUGGGAGAACCUCAUGCAAUGAGUGGGCAGAGUAAGUGUUUAGUGAAAAUACAAAGGGGGAGUUAUAGGAGCUCAGAGAAAACUGAAUGGGACUGUGGAGAGCCUCUGCUUUCAGGCUUGAGUGUGGGGAAAGGAACUGAUUAAGAAGAGGGCGCUUUGACAUGCAUUGCUCAAGAAUUGCUAGGUGAGCUUGACUGCAUUCCUCAUAAUGUUGCCACAGCACAAACAUCUUUCCUGAGCUUGUAAACACUCCAGUUCCACCUACCUGAUUCACGAUGAUGAACUGUUUUCAAAGCAACUGACAAAUGCUGUCAGAAAUUGUGCCUGAUGCACAUCUGUGGAGAGUUCCACAUUCUUGGAGCCACCAUGAAAAAGGCCCUCUCAUGAGACCCCCAUACCUUGCUGGGCCUCUGAGAGUAGCAGAAUGGCCAGAGGAUUAACUGGAAAGUUACUGAAGAAGCACAUCCAUUUUACAAGUUAGUAAAACUGCCACAGCGGGUGGCGUUGUGGGUUAAACCGCAGAGCCUAGGGCUUGCCGAUCAGAAGGUUGGCGGUUCGAACCCCCAUGGCGGGAUGAACUCCCGUUGCUCGGUCCCAGCUCCUGCCAACCUAGCAGUUUGAAAGCACGCCAAAGUGCAAGUAGAUAAAUAGGUACCACUCCAGUGGGAAGGUAAACAGCGUUUCCGUGCGCUGCUCUGGUUCACCACAUGACCCAGAAGCUGUACACUGGCUCCCUCGGCCAAUAAAGCGAGAUGAGUGCCACAACCGCAGAGUCGUCCGUGACUGGACCUAAUGGUCAGGGGUCCCUUUACCAUUUUUAAAUGUAUCUUGUACCCAGUAGCAGAUGUGGGGGGGAGGUGCUUACCUGACCUGGCAGGUGAGUCGCUGCUGCUUACUGGGAGGCAGGGAGGAUGGCAUGAUGCAAACACACUGGCAGGAGUACCAGAUUAGCUCAGCUAAUGCAGUUGCACCAUGUCAACCUCUCUGCCACCUCACUCCUCCCAGUAAGCUGCAGCUACUUACCUGCUGGGGCCCAGAAAAACACUUCUGCCCCCCUGUGUCCCAAACAUUUCACAACUGCACUCUCUCAACACAGUAAUUCCCAAACUGUGUAUCAGAGCGGCAGAAUGAGAAAACUGCUUGUGUGCCUCAGGAAAUGAAUGAAUUUGCUGGAAAGGCACCUGGAUCCCAAAGCGCUCCUCUACAGAGGAGGUUGCCCCCAGCAUCUCUGCCUGACUUGCUUCUUCUGGCCACACCUCUUUCCAGUCAGGUCAUUCUGCCCUGCAUGAGGUGUGGGAUUGGAUCAUUUAGGUUUGUUGGAUGCAUGGGCAAAGCAGAGUGGUCUUACCUCAGGGAAAUCUGCCUGUCAUAUCUCUGCACGAGUCAGGGCUUGCCUUUCGAUUGACAGACAUGCUCUGAAUAGCAACUUCUACAAAGAAAUGGAUUUUUGUGAGGGUACCUCUUUCUACCCUUUCACACUCUGAAGGUAAAGACUUGGGGAGACUCGUUCUGACAACUCCCGUUUCGUUCUGCCUAAGUGACUGUCUCAGGGGAAACUGUUCCAAUGCUUUUCACCCUUUUCUGCCUCUCUCCCUUAAUAUUUUGCUUUGCACCUAUGGUUUAGUUCCUAGGCUAGUCAUUUACCCAGCAGCCACAAAAUGUGUCUGCUGGCUGGAUGCAAUUGGAUCCUGCAUCCCUAGCACUGGCAAGCAUCUCUUGCCUUCCCCUUGGUGCUUUUAUUUUUAGUGUGUAUAUAGAGCUCUAGGCUACUUGCAAAGUUCUUUCCUCUGCUGUGGCACCUAAUUGCUUCUCUCUCUCUGCUCUUCAUGGCUGUGGUAUCAUAUCCUUUUGUGCUUUAUCCAGUUUGAAGACUUCCCUCUGAAUUUGAAGGUAAAACGUGUUCUUCCUGCUCACCAGGAGUGGCUUUGAGGUUUAGGAAGGGCUCUCCAUUGAUCUAACAUUUGCCUGGCUAUCCUCCAGUCAGUCAAGCAAUAGACAUUGUCAGAAUUCAAGGACACAUUUCAACCCGGGAAAAGCCAGUGAGAAGGGUGGCAGGUGGAGAAUUCUAGAGGGCUUGAGGCUCCCCACCACCUUCCCAUAUGUGCCCUCCAGAUGUUUUGGACUACAGCUCAGCACUAGCCACAGGCCGUGCUGACCAGGGCUGCUGGGAGUUGUAGUGUGAAACAAUUGGAGGGUGUCAAGUUGGGGAAAGGCAGUUCUCCAACUUUUGUAUAUAUAACCUUUGCUCUCCAGUACAUGCUUCACUUUUCCCCACCUUAAGGACAGGUUCAGUCAAAUUACAAGGGACAUUUUGUUUUCCAUCAUCUGAGUUCCACUCAGCUCUCACUUCUGAUUCAGAUUUGACCCAUCCACCUGUGUGACAAGAGUGUAAAUUUCCUCUGUUGCUUAACCAAGGCGUUCAAGCCAUCUGUAUCUGGCUUGAGAGGCAAAACGCAUGGCAUUUAUCAAAGCAGUCAGGGUUGGAUUACAUGAUUUCCUAUUUACUGCCUCUAAGCCUGUUCAUUGCUUAUUUUCUGGGAACAGCUACCUAGAACAAUGGGUAUCCUUCAUACCGUACUGGGCAAAGGGGCACUGGGAGAAGAUUGAGGGCUUAUCACCAGUGGUACCUUAAUGAACAUGCAUGUAUCCUGCAUGUGUGUCUUCUCCCCCCCCCCCCCACAAGCAAGAACAGUGCAGUUCACCUUUUCAAACUUUGGUGACUCUUUGCCUGUGCCUGCCACUAAUUGAGCUUCAUCUGAGACCUAUACUAAAGCAGUUCUGCUUAUCCUUGUCUCCUGGAUGCCACGCUGGUGAAGCCUAUUAUACUGCCACUCAUUUAGAUUUAUUUCUCUUCCCCCUCCUCCCCUUCAAGCAAAAAGUUGUAAAAGGUGAGCAGGCAGUAGGAACAAAGGAGCUUCAGGAAGAAGUAGCCAAACAGGUAAGGUUGCACACUCUACUGUUGUUAGUUUUUAAUGUUUUUGUUUUUAAUGAACCGAUCAGCCCAACUGCACAGCUAGAACUACAUGAUUAUCUCUUUAAUGGCGAAGUAGUUGUGGCCAAGCAGUUGCAGCCUUGCAAAAUAACUCAGCUUCUUCCCUACCCCGAUGCCCUGUAGUUCCCAUCAGCCCUCCUUGGGGUAGCCAAAAGGUUGGGGGAGGCUGCAUUUUAAACAUUUAAAAAAAAAAUGGCUUGUGAACUAUUUUUAAAAUAGUUUCCUAUCCCAUGCAGUAAUGAAGUAAUGCAACCAGCAAGGCACAGAAAAGUGAUAAAAUGGAGCAAGAUUUGCUGACAGCUUUAGUCUGUGUUUACUGAGGCUUUAUUCACAGCCUAAUAGCCGUGUAAAAUAGAGGCAGUGAAAGGUGUGGCUUGGGACAGGUGGAGAGAGCUGUAAGGGUCACAAAGUCCUAGAGGGCCACAUUUCCUUAAGGUUCCCUCCAGAAAGAGUGAAGUUCCACUUAGAAAUGACGACUAGUAUAUACAUCAAGCAUGGGUUGCACUAGCUGAAAAUCACUUUCUGCAAAGCAAUGCUGUUUAAUUUGGUUUGUGUUUUCCUUAAGUAUUACACUGGGGGGGGGACGCACACCACUGGGGGGGGGAGACACCAUCUUGCACUAGGCCUGGAAACAGGAGUACUUGUAUCAUGAGGGCAGAGAUGGCAUAGAGGCAUGGCAAAAGCCACCUUUAUAGAAAAGUUAAGGAGGCAGCCUGCGUUACUUGGGAUGAGGGAUGCAGUAAGGCUGACAGGACAAUGCAUUCUACAGAGCAGCAUGUUGGCUGCAGGUCCCAACUACUGUAACUUGCAGUCUUUCAGGACUCUUGCCUUGCAGGCUUCACCCUGCUUCCUGUUUGUGCAAGAGUGCAAUAUUUUACCGCUCAUUUCUCUUUCUAGGAUAACUACGUGCAGCAGCUGAAGGCUCAGAAUGCUGAGAAGAAGCAGGUUGAUGCUGCAGUCUCAAAAUUAGCAGAACUACAGAAGCAGCUCAACUUGGCUGAGGGAAAAGCGAAAAAGAGAAAGUGAAUUGUCAGGCAGGCAGCAUCUCUUGCCCAGAUACUUGGCUCGCUGUAUUUCAGCAAUGGGAGAGUUUCUCACUUUUUCACAACAUUAAAUUAUUUUGCUGUAGCCCCUUUUCCUAUUUUGUAAUCACAUUUAUGAAAAAUUCAGAACCCUUUGAAAUGUUUUGAUUAUAUGGUGAGAAAUAAAUAUUUUAUUGGUUAAAUACAUACUGUACCUAUAAAUGCAAAAGCUGUUAUUGGAUUCAUACAU